AUGCCAGCUCAAGGCAAAGCAAAGGGCAGUCGCCGCAAUGAAGGCGCUUCCUCUUCUGCUGCAGCGAGUAUGUNNGACCCUCGUUUCGCAUCCAUGACCACAGAUCCCCGUUUCCGCCUUCCCUCAGCACGACACAGCAAAGUAGGCGUCGACAAGCGCUUCACCCGCAUGUUCAAAGACGACGACUUCUCAAAGAAAGCGACUGUCGACAAGUACGGACGCAAGGUUGCCAAGAGCAAUGCAAAGAAAGAGUUGGAACGCUUUUACAAGAUUGAAGAUGCAGAUGAGGAGGAAGAGGAGGAGUCAGAGGAAGAGAUGGGAAAGGCACAGAAGGUCAAGGCUAAGAAGAGCAAGAAGCCUGUCAGAGAGGUUGUGGGAAGCGAUGAGGAGAGUGAAGAGGAGGAUAUUGCUGAUGACGACGAGAUCGAAGCUGAACUCAAGAGAUUGGAUGGCAGAGUCAGGGAUCCGGCAAGAGAAGGAGGAUUCUCGUCUUCCGAGGACGAUAGCAGCUCCGAGGAUGACAGCGAAGAGGAGGAAGAGGUUGAAGAGGAUGCAGUAGAGUUCCCUAACGAGGGAGCUGCUGAUGUGCCUCUUGGUGACGUCUCGUCUCGUCUGGCUGUCGUCAACCUCGACUGGGACAACAUCCGCGCAGAGGAUCUUAUGGCCGUCGCACAGAGUUUCGCUGCCACUGGCCGCGUUUCCAAGGUUGUUGUAUACCCCAGCGAGUUCGGCAAGGAGCGCAUGCAAAAGGAAGAGCUCGAAGGCCCACCAAGAGACAUUUUCGCUAGCGCCACAAAGGAAAUCGAUGAGGACGAAGACAGCGAUGACGAGGAAGAGAGAAUCAAGAAGGAGCUGUUGAAGGGAGACACAGGCGAAGAAUUCGACUCUGCAAAACUGCGUCAAUACCAACUGGAUCGUCUAAAGUACUACUACGCCGUCAUCACCUGCGACUCCAAGGAAACAGCAAAAUCUCUCUACGAUGGUAUGGACGGCCGCGAAUACCUCUCUACAGCAAACUUCUUCGAUCUGCGAUUCGUCCCUGAUGAUGUCGACUUUGACACCGACACUCCUCGCGAUGAAUGCACAAAGAUUCCUGCAGGCUACAAGCCAAAUGAAUUCGUCACAGAUGCCCUUACCCACAGCAAAGUACGCUUGACAUGGGACGCCGACGACACAACAAGAAAAGAAGUCCAGAAACGUGCCUUCUCACGCGCCGAAAUCGACGAGAACGACUUGCAAGCCUACAUCGGCAGCGACAGCAGCNGACGACGAAGAAAACGACACCGGCAUGACAAAAGCAGAACUCCAAAGACAAAGAUGCGUGCUGCACUGGGCUUGUCCACAGAGGCAGCAAAGACAAAGUCCAAAGACGAUGGCCCGGUAGGAGAUAUGCAAAUCACUUUUACUUCUGGUCUGUCCAAUGCCGCAGCAAAGUCCAACGGUGUCUUUGAGAACGAGCCCAUUAUUGAAGAAACCACACGCGAGAAAUACAUCCGCNAAGGAAAAGAACGCAAAGCCCGUCGUAAGGAGAAGAUGAAGGCCGCCCGUAAUGGUGGUGAGACUGCAGAAGCAGGUUCCGACGACGAUGCCAUUACAGAGACGAAACCUACAAAGGAAUCAGCAGCACCACCAGCAGACGAGGAAGACCCUUUCAACGACCCUUUCUUCAACGACACAGCAACAGCCCAAAAGGCAGAAAAACUCGCCCGCAAAGCCGACCGCCAAAAGAAGCGCGAGGCCCGUGAAGCAGCAGACGCAGCCAAUGCCGCCAAACGUGCCGAAUUGGAACUGUUGAUGGUAGACGAAAACACCGCUUCCGAAAACAUCCGCCAUUUCAACAUGAACGAGAUCGCCAAAGCCGAAAAAACCCUCAAGAAGAAAUCAAAGAACAACAAGAAAGCCAAGGAUGCGGCGGAAGUGUUGCAACAAGAUGAUUUCAGUAUGGAGACUCAAGAUCCGAGAUUUGCUAAGUUGUUUGAGAGUCAUGAGUUUGCUAUCGAUCCUACGAAUCCGAGGUUCAAGGGUACGCAGGGUAUGAAGGCGCUGUUGGAAGAGGGAAGAAGGAAGAGAAAAGGAAGAAGUGAUGAGGNNGAUGGUGAGAGGGCCGAUGCACCGCCGGUUGAGAAGAGGGAGAAGAAGGCAAAGACUGAGGCUUCCUCUGGUGGUGAAGAUUUGAACUCAUUGCUUGCGAGGGUGAAGGCAAAGACCAAGGCUAGAUAG